ACACAGUGGUAUGUUCUAAGUGGGAAAAAUUUGGCGGGAGAAAAGACAAGAUUGCAUCGGACAUUUUUUUCUGUCGUCUUUCUCGCGUUUCUCCCUAAAAUGGUGACCGAGUCGCAAGGUUCGGAAGACUUGACGGUUCCUAGCGACUUCUUCAAAGAUGUGAAGUACUUCUUAUGCGGCAACAUCAGCGAUCAGGUACAGAAGUUGUUGCGUCAGGGCGGUGGGAAGGAGUACUCGUACCUCACAGAUCUCGCCACUCACGUCAUCGCAGACAACGAAGAUUACCCAGAAGUCAGCGAGGCAAGGGAGGUGUACGACCUCCCAGUUGUCACGCCAAAAUGGGUGAUCCUGUCAGCUAGAUGUGAACGUCUUCUACCGCACAAGGCCUUCACUCCAGAAGACAACAAACUGUUCUCAGGUCUAGUCUUAUGUCUAUCACAGAUUCCAGAAGAGGACCGCAAGGCAUUGUGGGGUAUGGUGACCUUCUAUGGCGGGAACUGUCAGCUGAACUUCAACAAGAGAUGUACACAUUUAGUCACACCUAAACCUGAGGGGGCAAAAUAUGAGUGUGCGCUAAAACACACAAAGAUCAAGGUUGUGACACCAGACUGGAUUGUCGAAAGUCUCGCUCAGAAAAAACAACAAGAGGAGGAGAAAUAUCACCCCAGGCUUGUCAUCAAGGAGGAAAAGAAAGAACCUCCCCCAGCCAAUCAGGAGGAAGAACCCAUGGACACCCUUCCAUCCUCAGCCAAUCAGGGUGAAGCAUUGAUGGGACUUGACCAAUCAGGACUGAGCUUAGAUGGCAAGAAGAAGGUCGAGGCCCCAAGAUUGUUGAAUCUGUUGAACAAGAGUGCUUGUGACCAGACCCCCCCUGAUCACAGGUCACUUGGUAGAGUCCAGUCACCGUUGGUUACCAACAGGAGGAUACGGGACAUCACGAAUAGCGGUCACAUUGACGCAAGUGGAACCAAACUUGUUCUCAGUCCACGGGACUCCACAAAGGUCCAUGAGACGAUCCAGAUCUCCCAGCUAGACGACACGCCUCCGUUCCUGAAGGGUGAUGGGGAGUUGUUGGAGUACCACGGGCAUGAUCCUAAGAUAAACAUUCCCCCUGACACCUGUCUGCUGGGCUGUAUCUUUGUGAUAGUUGACUAUCAGGACCAGGUACUACCUGCACAGCUGGAGACAUGGACUAGGGUGGUGCACCAGCAUGGUGGUUUUGUCGAUCCAGGCUACUCCCAGCGGUGCACCCAUUUACUGUGUGACAACCAGGCUAGUCCAUUCUUCAAACAGGCCCAGCAGGAUGGUAAGAGGUGCGUGACAGCGUACUGGUUAAACGAUGUCCUGACCAUUAGGAAGAUGGUCCCACCAUGGAAGGCUCUCCACCUGCCAACACCGUUCCCACACAGUAUCAAACCCUGCAAUGGACAGAUUAUUGCAGUGACCGGGUUUGUUGACCAGGACAGAGAGAACCUGAAGAUGAUGAUAUCUCUGGCCGGUGCUAAGUACACAGGGAGCUUCAGUCGAUUUAACACAGUUCUCAUAUGUAAAAGGCCUGAAGGAGAGAAACACAAAAAGGCGUUGGAGUGGAGAACUCCGUGUGUGAAUGUCCAGUGGCUCAGUGACAUCAUCCUGGGAAACUUCGACGCCAUCAAACAGACGGGGCUGCCGAAGUACCAGAGCUUCUCCGCUAACGAACCUUUCCUACUGGACUAUCACUACGUUAAAGCUGUCAUGGGCCCCUGGAUGACUGCGUUGCAGCUAUCCCAAGAUGCCUUGCAGAACCUGAGCAGGAACCGUGUCCUCUUCACACCAUCGCCGCCCUCCAAGUCGAAGAGGAAAGGUUCGCAGGACGGGAACGGCACCAACAAACGACAGCGGAACGAACCCAUCAAGCCCUUCAGGAGGCUGCCUCCAGAGAAAACUCCCAGGGUGCUUUUCACCGGACUGGACAACGCAAGUGUCAAUGACCUCACAACGAAAGUGCAGCUGAUUGGUGGAGAGAUAGCGGAGAACAUCCACAAGUGUACCCACCUGGUGUCGACCAAGGUGCUGCGGACGGUCAAGUUCCUGUCAGGUGUCUCCACCUGCAGGUUCAUCGUCUCACCUGCAUGGGUCGAGGACAGCUUCAAGCACAGGUGCUUCGUCGAGGAGAAGAUGCACACGUUGGUAGAUCAGGAGCAGGAGGCACAGUUUGGCUUCAGUCUGUCAGAAUCUCUGACCAGGGCACGGGUACAGAAACUGUUCAAGGACACAUGUUUUUACAUGACUCCCAAUGUGAUUCCCAGACUGGACAUGAUGAAAACUAUAGUUGAGGCAGCAGGGGGGAAGGUCGUAGGGACCAAGCCUCCUGUCAACAGGGUGUUGGCUUCACGACAGGGUUCACCAAGGAUUUUUGUCAUUACCUGUGAGAGUGAUGUUCAGAUGUGUGCUGACUAUGCCAGUAACAACAUCGAUGUCUACAGUGCUGAGUUCAUCCUUACUGGAGUAUUGUGUCAAAAAAUGGACUUUGAGUCGUACAGGUUUUAGUUUCUUUGCAUGAUCGAUUACGUUUGUAAAUGUUGGGGCAUGUUUUAAUCUUGUUAGGGUAGGAUUUCCAUGUAAAAUAACUGUUACAGUAACAUAAGGGCUUGCGUGUAAACUUGCAGAUCUUGGUGUACAGAAUUUACAUAAACAUUCCAAAACAUUUAGUGUUUGAACUAUAUUAAGACUUAAAGCGUGAUGAAAUUAAUAACCUUUGCCACAAAAAGGAUUUUACACUUUUCCACAGGUUUGAGUUUGGAUUGUUUUUAUUUAUUUUGAUUGUAGUGAAAGCACUUUACAAACAUGAAUAACAACAAAUAAGAAAAUGUGCUGGAGUUAGAAAAAAAAACUAUAAUGGCAUCUUUGAUCGAGACCUUUCCCCAUCUAACUUUACAGCUGAUAUUUAGAUAUAAUUCUAACAGUUUUGGGGUUUGACUAGUACAACAAUCGUGUUCCAUAUUUAGCAAUAUUCAGAUAGACUUGCACUAUGCAUCCUGACAUGAUUUUGUAUUCCCCAUGGCCCAGUAUAAAAGUUCAGCCAUUUUACUAUACUAGUAUUGUGCAAGUUACUGCGAGGCAUUCCCUUGCAGUUGAUAAAAAGAUACACAUAAAUUAGUAAAACGUCAAACAAAGGCAUAAAAACUGCUAGAUUUUGGGCAGGUCUUUGAUGGGGAAACUGUUUUUAAUUGUUUUAGAAAAUGUUAGAAACCCAGUGGAUUUCACUGACUCUGUUGUACAUGUACAUAUACGUAAAACUCUUAUUGUACAACAUGUUUAAGUUUGUAUAUGAGGCAUAGGUAGCAAUGCCGAGGUAAUUUUCUAACUAUUCAUACUUCUAACUUUUUCUCUUGUCCAUUUUUGUAUGAUUCAAGACUAGAAAUAAAUUGAAGAAUAUUAAAUGCAGUCUAUCAUUUACCAUGA